UGUUCUUCGUUUCAUCUCCGAGCGGUGACUACAUCCAGAGAUCCAAUCUUCUCUUCCAAGUGUGUUCAGUACACUUAUCAUGUGAGACAAUAUUUAUUUUGUUCUAGUGAUGUACUAUUUAUCUGUGAUUCAUGUCAUUUUUUUUAAAACCGCUAAAUAGCUUAGCUGCAGCUAUAGCUGGCUAUAGUUGAUGAAAACCAUAGCCGCUAAAGGGUUUAGCCGGAGAUUUAAAUCAUUGACACACCUAUUAAGAUGCAAUAUCAAUCCCCUCUAACCCUUUUAUUAACUGAACAAUCCCUAACGAAAUUUAAUUCAACCUCUACAUUUUUAGAUAAAUGAAAUACAUUUCGGCCUUUUUUUUUCUAAGAAGCUAGAUUCAAACCAGCCUCAUACUGUCAUCCAUAUAACUGGGUUUGCAACAAGCUACUCGAACCUUAUCUAAAAUACUUAGAUACACCUACAACUAUGAUUAGUACGUCAUCACAUACGUGAGACACUAAAAUAAACUCAUGCAAGCAUGCUACUCGUGUCACCAAUCAUGAGACCACACCACACAAUAGUGCACACAAAGCUUUAAUUUGAUGAUAAGUACGGCGUAAUAAUUAGUUAAGCUGAUAAGCACGCAGCGAGCACCUUGUCCACAAACUUUAAUCUCUGCUCGUAUCAAACAAUCAAAUCCUGCGUGCUGCUGCUGCUUACCCGGCGAAUCUGCUCCUCAAUUUUGAUCACAAGAUCUGAUCUGAUUCAUGUCACUGUCCAUGCUCCCUUUGAUUCUUCUUCUUCUUCUUCUUGCCUACACACAAAAGCUCUAUAAAUUAGCUCCCAUGGCGUAGUAGCUAGUAGGGUGUAUAGCUACUAAGCUAGUAAUUAAGCUAAGCAACACACACAGAAAUCAGCAGCAAGCUAAGCUGUCCAUGGCUCCCAAUGGAGAAGCUUCGUCGGCGGUGGUGGCCGCCGUGGCGCCGUUCUUGGCGACGUUCAUCGGCAACCACCACCUCGGGCACGGCGGCGACGGCCAUGGCCACAAGGAGAUGGAGCUGCUGGCGACGACGACCGGCGGCGGCGGCGGCGGCGGCGGCGAGAGCAUCCCGGCGGAGGAGCAGCAGCAGGUGGUGGAGGAGGCGGAGUGCGAGUGCUGCGGCAUGUCGGAGGAGUGCACGGCGGCGUACGCCGGGGCGGUGCGGCGGCGGUUCUCGGGGCGGUGGGUGUGCGGGCUGUGCGCGGAGGCGGUGGCGGAGGAGGCCAGGAAGAAGAAGGGCGGCGAGCGGGAGGCGGCGCUGGCGGCGCACAUGGGCGUGUGCAGGCGCUUCAACGGCUUCGGGAGGACGCACCCGGCGCUCUUCCAGGCCGACGCCAUGAGACACAUCCUCAGGAAGCUCUCCGCCGCCGCCGCCCCUGGAUCGCCCAAGCCGACCAACACUAGCCGCAGACACUUGACGACGGCAGAGGGGGCCAUCAAAUCCACCGGCGGCAUGCUCAUCAGCUAGCUUAAUUAAUGUAUGACGCCGUUGACUUUUCAACCAACGUUUGACCAUUCGUUUUAUUUCAAUUUUGUGUACAAAUAUAAAAAUAUUUAUGUCAUGCUUAAAGAACAUUUGAUGACGAAUC